UGGACAAAGAGAGGUGUAGUUGUUAAUGACAAUAAGAAUCAUAUACGGCAUCUUAUAAAGUUCGAUAUGCCAAAAAUAUAAUCCCUUAAAUUAUAUAAAGCUAUUAUUAUAAUUUAAAAAAGCUAUGUCCUUUAUCCGCUUUCAAAGCCAAUCGGCCCAAUUCCCUCACUUGAUCGUAAUUCUACAGCAAUUAGGUGAUUUACAAAAAUUCGGUGGUUAGGGAUUUCUGUUUCUAAAGAGAAUUCGGGAUCGGAAUGUGAGAAGCGGUGAGGGAGAGGGAGAAAGACAUCGAUGGCACGGGACAUGGAGGUGGUGCCCGCGGACCCCGGUGCGGCGUUGGUUCCGAAGAAGAAGAGCCAGAUGCUGGCUCGGAGCUGGAUAAUGUUGGACUGUAAGGGGGAACGGACCGUCCUGGACGUCGACAAGUACGCUAUCAUGCACCGUGUCCACAUCCAUGCUCGCGAUCUCCGUAUCCUCGACCCCUUGUUGUCCUACCCCUCCGCCAUCCUCGGCCGCGACAGGGCCAUCGUUCUCAACUUGGAGCAUAUCAAGGCAAUUAUCACUGCCGAAGAGGUAUUGCUUCGGGAUGAUGAAAAUGUUGUCCCUGUCGUUGAGGAACUUCAAAGGCGUUUACCUCCUGUCAAUGCCAUUCGCCAAGGUCAACCCAACGGAAAAGAGUACCCAGGUGGGCAAAAUGAUGUCGAGGCCAGUGAAGAAGAUGAGUCUCCAUUUGAGUUCCGGGCCCUGGAGGUAGCUUUGGAAGCUAUUUGUAGUUUCCUUGCCGCCCGUACAACAGAAUUGGAGAGUGCUGCAUACCCUGCACUUGACGAGCUGACCUCUAAGAUUAGUAGCCGUAACUUGGACAGGGUUCGCAAAUUAAAGAGUUCAAUGACAAGGUUGACUGCUCGGGUCCAAAAGGUUAGAGAUGAACUUGAACAACUACUUGAUGAUGAUGAUGAUAUGGCUGACCUUUACUUGUCGAGAAAGUUGGCUGGUGCGUCUUCACCAGUUAGUGGCUCUGGUGCUGCCAGUUGGUUUGCUGUAUCCCCAACCAUUGGCUCAAAGAUAUCCAGAGCAAGUAGAGCAAGUGUGGCCACAGUCCGGGGAGAUGAGAAUGAUGUUGAGGAGCUUGAAAUGUUACUGGAGGCUUACUUUAUGCAAAUUGAUGGCACAUUGAACAAAUUAACCACGCUGCGAGAAUACAUUGAUGAUACAGAAGAUUACAUCAAUAUUCAGCUCGACAAUCAUCGAAAUCAGCUGAUUCAGUUGGAGCUCUUUCUAAGUUCUGGAACUGUUUGUGUAUCGAUCUUUUCUUUGGUGGCCGCAAUAUUUGGCAUGAACAUCCCGUAUACUUGGAAUGAUAACCAUGGAUAUAUGUUUAAAUGGGUGGUCAUUGUCACGGGAAUCAGUUGUACUUUUCUCUUUCUACUAAUUGUUUAUCAUGCUCGCCACAAAGGUUUGAUUGGAUCUUGAAUUCAUACUCACACGGGAAGUAUUCCUGCUGGAAAGGAGUCUUAUGCUUGAGCACUGGCUCGCUUAUUAUGCACGGUAUGGUAAAUUACUUUACUCAAUCUCUCUCUCUCUAGAUUAAAGUUUCAACAAGGAUCGCCUGUGCCUAUGGCAGCUGGGUUUUAAUACAAAGGGAGGAACAUGGCGAGUUAGCUAAUUUAUGAACAAUCUGAUUUAUUGAUGCUAGGAGCCAACUCAUAUAAGUGUGAAAACAGUCGGCUGGGUAAUUUAUUGUUCCAAUUUUGAUUCACAUUCUUUCUUAUUGUUCUUAUAAACAUCAGCAUUUGGUUGAAAUGUUGAACAUAAGGUGAAUGGCAGAAUGCUAACCACAAUAUAUUUGUAAUGAGUUACAUUUUUAAGACUUUUGCAAUGGUUCUCUGACA